UUUUUCGUAUCAGCAUAGAUCAGAUAUCUAGCUAUAUCAUUAAUUUAUAUAAAUCUAUUAUGAUCAAGAGAAAUAAAAUAAUAUUAUCGUUGGAAUUAAUAACAUUUAUUGUCUGAAUUAAUAAUAAUCAUAUAUAAACAUAUGAAAUAAAUUAAAAGUGAAAAAACAAAACAAAACAAAACAAUGAAAAAAGAAAAAAGACAAUUUUAAAAUUGGGGUUAAAAUGUUUGACCAUUUGUGUUUAUAAAUUUCGAAACAAAUAAAAGCUUUAGAUAUGGAAUAUAUUUAAUGCAAGUUUCUCGAAAAAGUAAGAAGAUCAUGCUCGAAGUCUAUAUAAAAACUGUGACAGUUGCAAAGUAAGCGAGGUUGAAAAUGAUCAAUAAAUAUAACCCCUGCCGCUUAAAGAAGCGUUAUCCCUUUAGCCGAUCAGCCAUGACGUAAAUCACGACGUGAAAAGAAGAAAUAUUAAAAGAAGGAAAACGAAACAAAACAAAACAAAAAAAAAAAAAAAAAACAAGACAAAAAAAGAAAAAGAAGGAGGAGGAAAAUGAGGAAGUGGAAAGAUCGAUAGAAGAAACGAACGCAUAUAAUAAUACGUAUUACAUAUAACGGUGAAUAUAAGUGUAGGUGUAGAUGUAGAUGUAGGUAUCACACUUAUCGAUCUUAUCGAUGUCCUUCAUAGAAAGAUCUUACAAUUCCUGGUCAGCAGAAACAUCCGUUUGGGAAAAAUAAUUGCAUAGUUAACAUCAUUUGUUUCUUCUUUUUUUCUUCUUUUCUUUUUUUCUUCCAAUAUAUUUAUUUCGUGUUCUUGUUUUACGAAGUGUCGCUAUCAAUGAGACACACAAUUACGAGCGAAAAGUUACGUUCAACAAUGUAAUACAAUUUCACGUCUUCUCUCUACACGGAUAUUACGUGGAUACUACAUCUCUGUCAAUGGUAUGUUUUCUACGUACGAGAUAGACGAAGUGCACGCGCACGAAAAUAGAAGAGAACAGUAAGUAAACACAUACAUAAAUAUUAUGUGAACGUCAUGUUUCUCUUUUUCUCUCUCUCUCUGUCUCUUUCUUUGCCUUUCUCUCUCUCUCUCUCUCUCUCUCUCUCUCUCUUUCUCUUUCUCUUUCUCCAUUCAUCUAUCUAUCUUUCUCUCUUUCUCUCUCUUUCUGUCUCUUUCUUUUAUACGAUUUUUUUUCUUUCUUUCUAUUGGAUGACCCAAAUUUUGAAAGCUGAGAAAAGCAAGCCAUUUCCUGUCAAAGUAUUCGUCCGUGAAAAUUUGUUUUCUCUUUUGCCGUUAGACUAACUAUCUCAAAAACAUUGACCUCACAUAUAAUAAUUUUGCUUUAAACGCACCGGGCAAAUGCAAAGAGGUUAGAAAAGACUCGAGCGACGUUCGAUUGGUCAACGAGAAUUGACCAAUCAGACAUCGAGAUGUUUUAUUUCUUUCUUUUUUUUUUUUUUUUCAUACGACAGUUGGUUGUGGAACACUUGUUGCUAGUGGGUGAUUUAUGUCGAAGUAAAUUCGGGGAAUUCGAACAAUCGUUGAGAAUUACACAAAUGUUAACUGUCAGUGAUCGUGGAUUUUAGUAAAAAAAAAAAAAAAAAAAAAAAAAAACAAACGAAAAGAAAAAAGAAACUUGAUAUCAAAACUUCAAAAGAAAAAAGGAAAAUCUCUUUGAUGAUCGAUGUGGAUUUCUUAUCGUAUUAUGAUCAACCCUAUUGUUAAGUGAUGUAUGUGAAGAGUUAAAAUAUGCCAUUGUAUUUAAUUGUUCUAUUAAUAUGGAGUUUUACGAUACAAGAAGGAUCAUGUAUCAAAUUAAAGAGAAUAGCUUUACGACCGUCCAACAUAUUGGACGAUUACUAUGCUUAUCGGCAUAUUUCGAUUAUUCAUUUCGAUGUACCAGAGUAUACGAUUACCGCGGGAUUCAAAUUUACAAUAAAAGAAGAAAAAACCGGCGGAAUAGGUAAAUGUUCUCCGAGAUAUGUUUCAUUGUACUUGAAAUCCGGUAGUCUACCAUUAGUUCGUCCAGAUGGAUCGAUUAUCGAGGCAAAACUUAUAAAACGAAGACGCAAAUAUUAUGCUUUAAAUAUGCAAAGCGAUGGUGACGAACAUAUGAUCAAUAUCGAUUCUCCAAUACCAGGUGACUGGUAUGUAAUAGCUUUUCGAUCUUGGACCGAUCCUAAUAGCGACAAGAUCAAGCAACAAGGUCUCGGUGCAUCAUGUGAUACCGUACUCGAUGCUGAGUUGUUAAUAGAGAUGCCAUCUAUGAUAUCCUUAAUAGAUUUUAAUAACGAAUAUGAAAUCGAAUUAAACAAAAGUAAAAAUACUUUUGUCGGCCACAUUUUUAUGCCAGAUGAUUUAUUAAACGUGGUACUUGCAUUGAAUCAAUCAUAUGAAAACAAUUGUAAAUUUGCAAUUCAUGUUGUUGCACAGGAACAUCUUAUAGGGACGAUCGUUAAUGACACUGAUGUCUUGUUGUCCUUCAAACCUUAUUCAAAAUCAUUACAUUACAUUACGCUACGUUUAAUAUCCGGAAAUAUGUCGAAAAUAUCUUUACGUUUUGAAAACAAUACUUCUUCAUUCAUUGAUUCCAAUCAAGUUAAAAGCAUAAGUUUGAUACGAAAAUCAUUGCCGGAGUUCUUUGUAUUCGAUUAUGAACAUCGUGGUGAAAACGAUACGAAAUCUAUGCCUUUCAAUCUCACAAGCGAUGGUAUUACCGUCCUUGACUUCGAGAUUGCCCGUGUUUACGAUGUUGGUGGUACAGUGACAGUGGGUAUAAAAAUGCUCAACGUGGAUAAAAAGGAUCAAAAGAAUAUUUUCAUCGUAGCUUGCAUUACCUUGGGAUAUUACUCAAAUAUCACAGCCGGUGGAAGUUGCAUACGGGCAUGGAACGUAACCGGGGCAGAUAUAUAUGUGAACGAGACAGGUCCUGGUUUGGUUCAUAUACCAUUUCCCGAACCUGGAAGGUGGUACGUCAGUUUAAAAUCAUUUUGCGUCGAUGGAAAAUGUAAUUGCGCUGAGAAUUGUUUGAACGGUACCAUCUGUAAAGAAUGCGAAUGUAUGAAACCGUGUUCUGUUGAAAUAGAGAGCAGUAUAUCAUCGUCACCUUGCAUCGAAGGACGUUGUAAUUCACAUGGCAAAUGUAUGCACUAUAUGAGCGGUGGUUUCGUUUUUUCAGCGUGUUACUGUACAGAAGGUUAUCGUGGUUUUGAUUGUGCCGACGGAACUUACGUUCUCGGUAAUAAAGACAUACUCGUACGUUUGUUAAUGUUAACCAUCAGUAAUCUUGCUUUUAUUGGUUCGAUAUAUCUGGCGAUACGUCGAGAAUAUUUUACAGAAGCAAUCGUUUACACCGCCGUUAUGUUCUUUUCGACAUUUUAUCAUGCUUGCGAAGCCGGAGAAAACGUUUACAGUAUUUGUAUAAUGCGACUGAGCGUAUUACAAUUUUGUGAUUUCUUCAACGCUCUUCUUUCGAUUUGGGUUACAUUGGUAGCCAUGGCCUCCUUUGGACCAAAGCUUACAGCAUUUUUCCAGAUCAUGGGUGCUAUUGUUCUUGCUAUGAGCUCAGAAAUGGAUCGUACGGCUCUCUGGGUAUUCCUUUUACCCGCCAUUACUGGAUCCUCUUUGAUUGGAGUUUCUUGGGGACUUAGGUGUAAAAGAAGAAAAACUGUCCGAUAUCCUUCGCGCGUGUACAGAACCAUCUUCUUUCCGGCGGGCCUUCUGAUAGUCUCUUUGGGUCUUGUUUGUUACGCCUUUUUACAAACACGUAGUAAUUAUCACAUUGUCCAUAGUUUAUGGCAUAUUUGUGUGGCUGUUGCGGUUAUGUUUUUAUUACCAAAAAGACAUUACAUGAAGUAAAUAUGUUACAUAGUAGGAUUAUAGCGAAUUCAGGGAGCAUAAAUGAUAAUUACGGACAUACUCGUACAUAUUAUCGUGUGAAAUAUCUUUUUUUUUUCUUUUUUUUUAUAUAUAUAUAUAUAUAUAGACGAUUGUAUAUUACCUUAAUUAUUAUGCAGGAAAAAAGUAUUAUUCUUAUAAAAUUACUAUUACGCCCAAUUUUUCCAGGUAAGAAGAAUAUAUAAAAAAUAGUUUAUAAAUAUACAACGUAUAAAUUUAUCUAGAAGAAAUUCAAAAGAUAUGUAACAAAUGCAAUAAUAUAUAAUAUAAAAAAGAGUAA